AUGUUCUGCCGCGGAAUCCGUUACAUAUCGGAGGAGGAUUUGGCGUUGAAGCAGGCGUUGGACCUCAUGGUGGAGCGACUCAGUGACUCCGAGGCCGGAGUGCAGAAGCUAGCGCUCGAAAGCAUGCGCAAGGAGAUCCGCACGGCCACCAGCUCCAUGACGUCCGUGCCCAAGCCGCUCAAGUUCCUGCGCCAGCACUACGCGCUGCUCAAGAGCUCCUACAACACUGUUCACCCUGACAACCAGAGCCUCAUCGCAGACGUCAUCUCAGUGCUGGCUAUGACUAUGUCCGAGGAUGGAGCCAGGGAGAGUCUCAAGUACCGGCUGUUGGGAUCCACAGAGGACCUGGGCUCAUGGGGCCAUGAAUACGUCAGGAACCUGGCGGGGGAGAUAGGAGUGGAGUACCAGCUACGGCAGGCGGACGACAAGCCAGUGGACGACCUCAUGGGCCUCGUGCAGCAGAUCGUGCCCUUCCAUGUCGAGCACAACGCGGAGCCUGAGGCUGUUGACCUAUUGAUGGAGGUGGAGCAUCUGGACAUGCUGGUAGACCACAUUGGUCCACAGAACUACUCCCGCACCUGUCUCUACCUCACCGCCUGCGCUAGCUAUGUGCCAGAGCCAGAGGACAUGGUGGUGUUGGAGGUGGCAUACCGGAUCUACCGCAAGGUCAACAAGUACCUGGACGCGCUCAGGGUCGCCCUGCGCAUGAACCGCCCGCAGUUUGUGCGGGAGACGUUCACAGCAGCUGAGGGCCUGGAGAAGAAGCAGCUUGCAUACCUCCUCUCUCGCCAGGGCUUUGUGCUGAACCUGGAGGAGGAGCCGGAGCUGGCGAGUGACGAGGAGCGCGAGGCGCUGCAGGAGAUCAUGUGCAACACACGCCUGUGCGAGGGGUAUCUCACCCUCGCCAGGGACCUGGACGUCAUGGAACCCAAGCUGCCUGAAGACAUCUACAAGGCGCAUCUCAUUGACGGGCGGGCAUCCCAGGCAUCAACUCUUGACUCCGCCAGGCAGAACCUGGCAGCCACGUUCGUGAACGCGUUUGUGAAUGCUGGGUUCGGACAGGACAAGCUGCUCACGGCAGCAGGAGGCGAGGGCAGCAGUGCAGCGGCGGGCAGCUGGUUGUUCAAGAACAAGGAGCAUGGGAAAGUCAGCGCUACCGCUAGCCUGGGCAUGAUAGUGCAGUGGGACGUGGACGGGGGUCUGCCACAGAUCGACAAGUAUCUCUACACCAACGACAACAACAUCAUUGCGGGGGCACUGCUGGCCGUGGGCAUUGUCAACUGUGGCGUGCGCAAUGAGUGCGACCCGGCAUACGCACUGCUUUGUGACAGUGUGGAGAAGGACGACCCCACCAUCCGCAUUGGAGCCAUUAUGGGCCUUGGCCUUGCAUAUGCCGGCACAUGCAAGGAGGAGGUCCUCGCCCUCCUCGCCCCAGUGGUCACAGACACCAAGACCCCCAUCGACGUUGCCGGAAACGCGGCCCUAGCGCUCGGCCUCGUGUUCGUCUCCUCCUGCAACGAGGACGCAGCACAGGCCAUCAUUCUCGCGCUCAUGGAGCGGGACACAGAGCUCUCAGAGCCCCUCGCGCGCUACCUGUGCCUCGGGCUGGGGCUGCUGUUCCUGGGGCAGCAAGAGGCGGUGGAUGCCACUGUGGAGGUGGCGAAAACGUUGAAUGAGGCUGUGUCGGGGUAUUGCCAGGUCACGCUGGACGCGUGUGCGUAUGCCGGUACAGGGAACGUGCUCAAGGUGCAACAAAUGCUCGCCCUCUGCAGUGCGUCCACAGAGACCCCUGCAGCAGGCACCGGCACCGCAGCAGCAGGGGCAGCAGCACCAGCAGGGGCAGCAGCCGCAGGCACCACAGCAGGAGCAGGAUCCGCAGCAGCAGCAGCAGGCAGCUCAGCUGCUGCAGGAGCAGCAGCAGGCAGCAACGCUGGGGCGGCAGCUGGAAAGGCAGGGUUUGGGCAGGGAGCAGCGGUGCUGGGGAUAGCGAUGGUGGCAAUAGCAGAGGAGCUAGGAUCGGACAUGGCCAUUCGCAGCCUGGAGCAUCUGCUGCAGUAUGGGGAUGCUAGUGUGCGUCGCGCGGUGCCUCUCGCCCUCGGCCUGCUCUCCAUCUCCAAUCCACGGAUGGGUGUUAUGGACACACUGGGUCGGCUAACACAUGACAGCGAUGCUGAAGUUGCCAUGGGAGCAACCUUAUCGCUAGGUCUGAUAGGUGCGGGCACCAACAAUGCGCGCAUUGCUGGCAUGCUGCGGAACCUCUCCUCCUACUACUACAAGGACCCCACCGUGCUCUUCUGUGUGCGCAUUGCGCAAGGUCUCGUGCAUCUGGGCAAGGGUCUGCUCACACUCAACCCCUACCACUCCGACCGCUUCCUCUGCUCCAAUGUGGCGCUGGCAGGGCUGGCGGCGCUGCUGCACAGCUGUCUGGACAUCAAGGGCAUCAUCCUGCACCGCUACCACUACGCACUCUAUUACAUUGUGCCCGCCAUGCAGCCGCGCAUGCUGUUGACGGUGGAUGAGGAUCUGAAGCCACUGUCGGUGCCAGUGCGGGUGGGGCAGGCGGUGGACGUGGUGGGGCAGGCAGGGCGCCCCAAGACCAUCACGGGCUUCCAAACGCACACCACGCCUGUGCUGCUCGCUACGGGCGACAGAGCAGAGCUGGCAACAGACAAGUACAUUCCACUCUCCUCUCACUUUGUGCGCCAAGUGGCGGGUCUCAAGCUCAAGGAGGUCCCAAACUUCGUUAAGAGCGUCGCGACGUACGACAACGUUAUGAACGAGUCGACGCGGUUUCUUAAGGAGUACCACCGCAAGUACAUCGUCACCAGCAGCCCCACACCGCUCUUCCAGGUCAUGUCUGGCGUCUUCGUGUUGAGCUACGCCGUCGGAUGGCCUGCGGAGAUCCGUCACAUGAAGCACGCGGAAGCGGCGAAGGAGGGCGGCGGACACCACUGA